AUGCAAGAGCCUCGAAAAGAUGCAUCCUUAAGACCCCCCACAGGAACGAUUCAUGUCAUCCUCGCCGCUCCAGGAAGAACCGGGUCAUUUCCUUCCAGGGUGUUGUUUGUGGCUCGGCUCUCUGCCGAGGACGGGGGAAGAGAAUUUAAAAGGCCUAAAAAGGGAAGCUCGUUAACAUUAGGAUUCUCGGACAAGGAUAAGAGGGGAACUAUCCAACCUCACAACGAUGCCUUAGUGGUUACGCUGAGAAUCGGAGGCUUCGAUGUGAGAAGGGUGCUGGUAGACCUGGGUAGCGCAGUAGAGGUAAUGUACCCUGAUCUAUACAAGGGGUUGAACUUGAGGCCGGAGGAUUUGACGACUUAUGACUCUCCCCUUAUCAGCUUCAAAGGGAAGACUGUUACGCCAAAAUGGCAGAUCAAACUACCCAUACAGACUGGGUCAGAGGUGGUAGAGGUGAACUUUAUCGUGGUUGAUGCCUACUCGCCCUACACAGCGAUAGUAGCCAGGCCAUGGAUUCAUGCCCUAGAAGCUAUAUCCUCCACACUUCACCAAAAGGUAAAAUACUCGUCCAGAGGCCAAGUAGAAGAGAUUUGUGGAGAUCAGGCCAUGGCCAGGCAGUGUAUGGUGGCCGCCAUCUCACGUAGGUCCCAUGCAGAGUCCUCGGCCUCUGAGAACUUAUAG